AUGGAUCCACCGCCCCCGUGCCGAGCGGCCGAGCCCCAGCCUGAAGCCCCUACCCCACUGAGCUCCUACCACUGGCACACAGGGAGUGGUGGAGAGAAGGGGGCUAGAGGGUCCCGCUGGGGCCGUCUCACAGGCUGGGGACGGGCGCUGAGCAACCCGGAGCCCACGGUACACAGCCAGCCAGCAUCGCGCUCGCUGUUCCGUCGCGUCCUCUCUGCGCCCCCCAAGGAGACACGGACCAGCCGCCUCAAGGUAUCCAAGACCCUCUGGAGGAGGCAUAAGAGCCCACCGCUGGAGCCAGAGCCGGAGCCAGAGUCCCCAGAGCCAAAGCUGGAGCCAGAAGCAGAGCCUCCUGCCCCACAGAUCCCCGAAGCUCCUGCACCCGAUGUGCCUGUCUGGGACAUUGGGGGCUUCACCCUGCUCGAUGGAAGACUGGUGCUGCUUGGGGGUGAGGAGGAGGGUCUCCGGCAAUCCCGGGCAGAGAGUGGGGGUUCUGAGACCAGCGUCCAGACAGUGAUGGGGAACCUCAGGGAUCCAGAUCGGAUGCCAGGAAGAACUGAACCAGAGGCUGCCGGUCCCACCCAGGUCCACAAUGUGAGGGGAUUACUCAAGAGGCUGAAAGAGAAGAAAAAGGCCAAGCCGGACCUGGGCGCCCGGGAUGGGCCACCCAGUGCUUCAGGCUCCCGGGAAUCUCUGGCCACUCUUUCUGAGCUGGACCUGGGUGCCGAGCGGGACGUCCGGGUCUGGCCGCUGCACCCUAGCCUGCUGGGAGAACCCCACAGCUUCCAGGUUACGUGGGAGGGCGGGAGCCGCUGCUUCUCCUGUCGCUCAGCUGCUGAGAGGGACCGCUGGAUCGAGGACCUCCGUUGCCACUUCCAGCCCAGCCAGGUCAGGGCUCUGCAGAAGUCCCACCCAGCUCGUGAGGACCGCUACAAGGAGCUGGCGGAGUUCCUCACCUUCCACUACGCGCGCCUCUGCGGGGCGCUCGAACCCGCGUUGCCCGCGCAGGCCAAGGAGGAGUUGGCGGCCGCCAUGGUGCGAGUGCUGCGGGCCACCGGCCGGGCGCAGGCAUUAGUGACAGACCUGGGCACUGCAGAGUUGGCGCGCUGUGGAGGCCGCGAGGCUCUGCUGUUCCGAGAAAACACGCUGGCCACCAAAGCCAUAGAUGAGUACAUGAAGCUGGUGGCGCAAGACUACCUUCAAGAGACAUUGGGGCAGGUUGUGCGAUGUCUCUGUGCCUCCACUGAGGACUGCGAGGUGGAUCCCAGCAAGUGCCCGGCUCCAGAGCUGCCCCAGCACCAGACCAGGCUGCGAGAAGGCUGUGAGGAAGUCUUCGAGAACAUCAUCCAUUCCUAUGACUGGUUCCCCGCAGAGCUCAGCACAGUGUUCUCAGGCUGGCGGGAUGCAUGCAAGGCACGAGGCUCCGAGGCACUGGGCCCCAGGCUGGUGUGUGCCUCCCUCUUCCUGCGACUUCUCUGCCCUGCCAUCUUGUCACCCAGCCUCUUUGGCCUGGCCCCAGAGCAUCCAGCACCUGGCCCAGCCCGCACCCUCACACUGAUCGCCAAGGUCAUCCAGAACCUUGCCAACCGUGCCCCGUUUGGUGAGAAGGAGGCCUACAUGGGCUUCAUGAAUACGUUUCUGGAGGCUCGAGGCCCAGCCAUGCAACACUUUCUGGACCAAGUGGCCACGGUGGAUGUGGACGCUGCUCCCAGUGGCUACCAAGGUGGCAGCGACCUGGCCCACCAGCUGGCGGUCCUGCAUGCCCAGCUCUGCACUAUCUUUGCUGAGCUUGACCAGGCCACCCGGGACAGCCUGGAGCCUCUGCCUACCAUUCUCCGAGCCAUCAAGGAGGGCCGACCAGUGCCUGUAUCAGUGCCCAUGCGUCUUCCACCACCCCCAGCCCAGGGCCACACCAGCUUCUCCUCAGGAGAAAAGCCUGGAUUCUUGGCUCCCCGGGACCUUCCCAAGCACACCCCUCUCAUCUCCAAGAGUCAAUCCCUGCGUAGCGAUCAUGGCGCAGGGGCUUGGGCCCGGCGGCCGCCAAAGGAAGACAGGCCCUCCCGGCGAGCUCGGCCUGUGCAGCGCACGCAGAGCGUCCCUGCUGGCCGCCCGCCCGCCCGCCGUCCAUCCACAGGGCCCUGGCCGCGGCCCAAGGGAUCCCUGCGCACAGGCCCUGCGCCCCGCGGUAGACCCUGGACCGGGGUCUCCGCGUCCCUGCCUCGGAAGUCGUCGGUGCCUUGGCAGCGCCAGCUGGAUCCGCCGCGGAUCGGAGACCAGGCGCCGGGCACGCACAGACCCGUCAGCAAGCUGGCCGAGCUGCAGGGCCAGGUGGCCGCCGUGCGCCAGGAGCACAGGGAGCUGUCCAGCCUUGUGGAGACUCUGGGCGCCCAAGUCCGGGUCUUGGUGGAGCAACAAGAGCAGCUCCGGGGCGAGCUGCAGAACCUGGCGACCAGGCUACGUGCCGAGACCACGCAGGUAGAACGCAAUCAGGACCCUUCAAGCAAGGAGGGCCACGGGAUGAAGAGUAUGGAGCGCCGCUUGACUGAGAUGGAGAGUACUCAGGCCCAGCUGAGGGAUGCCAUCGAAAGCUUGCAGCUUCUGCCCGGAACACAGGGAUCCCAGAGCCAGCCCUUGCCUCCCAAA